UCCCCCCGAGUACCCCCCACCUCCCACACGCCCUGCACUCGACAUUCAGCACAUCCCUGACCCGCCCCCCAUGGCGGCCCCAUCUCUCGAUGUGAUGCCAGAUGGGGACGGCAUCCGCUCACAGCUGCACCGCUUCUCUGCUGGGGUUUACUUCUCCUACUCCUAUGUGCCGGGAAAACUGUUCCUGCGCAAAGAAGUGUUUUACCCCAGAGAGAUGUUCAACCGGCCCUACAUCCUCAAUCUGUUAUGUGAACAGAUCAUGAAGGACACAUACUCGGACAGCUGUGUGAGGAUCAGCAAAGAGGAGAGGAGGAAGAUGAAGGACCUGCUGGCUAAUUUCAACGUAGGAAUGACUAUAAGCACCAUCCAGAACGACAACAUGAAGAAGAGGAUUGUGAUGGCUGCUCGGGACAACUGGGAGAACUACUUCACCCGCCUAUUCCCUGUGAAGCCGGAGAGUGGGGAUGCUCAGGUGUUGGCUGUGUCUCAUCGAGGCAUCCGCCUGCUGAAGGUGGUCAGAGCGUCAGGCAUCAACCCCAAACACCUCCGCCUGCUCAGGAGCUACAGUUUUGCAGAGCUGCUGUCAGUGGAGCUCCGGGGAACAGACAGGGUAGAGGUGGAGCUGAAGAGUGAGGUGUUGGUGCUGCAGUCCUCCAGAGCUCCACAGAUCACCGCCAUGAUCCAGCUCUUCCUCCAGGAGCUCCUCAGGGACUCCGGCCAUGUGGUUGCCCUGAAGAGUUAUGUGACCGAUGACAAGAGUCUGCUUAGCUUCAGCAGGGGUGAGGUCAUCAAACUGCUCCCGAUGGACAGACUCCAGACAGGAUGGAGUUUUGGCACCUUGGGAGGGCGCUCUGGGCUUUUCCCAGAGGACCUGACCCAGCCAUCUGCGGCCCCCGAUUACCACUGUCGGACCUUCAAACGCAAAGAUGACAAGAGGAAGAGCACGAGGGGCGCUGCACCUGUCAGUCAAUCAAACGGCCCGCCUCCAGGUCCAUCCAGCAGAGAGGGCUCGGUACUGGCCCGAAGGUCAGUCCAGAGCUCCCGCAAGGGCUCGGUCCUGGAGCUGGAGAUCUUCUCAGGCAUGGCUGAGUUUGCCAUGAACUACUUCAGAGUGGGGAGUACAGGUCUGCCAGCAACUGGAAGGAUUUUUUCAGAGGCGGUUAAACACACAGAG